UCAGAGAACGGGGGUUACGGAAUAGAGUAACCUCAAGUUUUGUUUUUUGUUUUGGUUUUUAUAUAGGUACCUCAAUGUCUCAUCCUGCUAAACUUCGAAUCAUACUCAAAGAGCAUAACAUUCGAAAACUGGACUUACCACAUGGAAUCCCUGGAACAGUGGAAGAACUUGAAUCUAUUGUGAAAGAGACUUUGAGGUUGAUGGGAAGUUUACUUUGCACUGUAAGGAUGCUGACUUUGGAGAAGAAUAUUUUUCUCUGACAUCAACAGGUGAUAUCAAGGACAAGGACACGCUCAAGGUGGUUCAGAUUAUUGAACCUCCCACAAUUACUCUGACAUUUAGUGAUGUAGACAGUUCCUUCAAAUCUGCAUCAGAGACCUUGGUCAAUGCUUCAACAAUCUCAAAGACAUCAAUCUCAGAGACACUGAGUGUGUCCUGUGGCACCAGUUGCUCUCUGGAUCUCAGGAUACAGUAAUUCUUUCCUCACUUGAACAUUUAAGUCGGCGUUUACAGCGCUGGCCGCCUACCAAUUUUUCUGUUCCUUGCUUUGCUUAUGACACAGAGCUUUUACUUGCUUCAGGAAAAUGAAACUUUCAAAAAGGAUGGAACUAAACUUAACUUUACUCCACUUCUUCCAGACAUCCUUGAGAAACUGGCUGAAACGAUCUUUCAGUAUGUUGCCUGCCCAACAUCUGCACAGUUAGCAGAUGUAGCUGAAGCACUUGUUCGACAACAUCCUUGCCUUAAAGAACCGGGAUCCUAUAAUGGAUGCUAUGGAUGGCAACAAAGACUGAAAUAUAAAAUGGGCAAUUACAGAAGUAAACUCAGAGGGCUUGGGUGCCCCGAGCUGGAUGUGAACUCUCUCAAAAGAAAGCAAGCACAUGAGAAGACACCUUUAAAGAAUCUCAAAAAGCCAAGAAAGGCUGUGAACUAUUUGCCACCUCACCCACAAGGAGAAACAGAGGAAAGUUUGGAAAAGGAAAGAUUGCAACUUCUUGAUGAAGUGAAGAAGAGGAACAACUAUCGGAUCAUCAGUGAAAAAAUGACCAAAACAUUCUCGAAUCGCAGACAGGAAGUUGUUAAUCUGGCACCACCUGUGAAUUACUUUGGAAGUAGAUGGCCUGCGCUUUUUGAUGCAGCACAAAUAAAUGACGAAUUCCAAAGGAUCACCACUGUUAACUUGGAAACAACAUUCAUGGCAAAACUGGACCAGAAUUCCACAAGAAUAAUGUCCCUGGUCUCUUCAAAAUGUGGUGCUGUGAAAAUUAAGAUUGAGCACAUCAGGAACAUGUUGCAAGAGAGUUUGGUGGAAACAAGAAGAGAGGUUGCAAUCCGUUGCCUGAUGGUGUAUCUGAAAGAGAAAGAGGAGGAUCUCUUCAGAGAACAGCUGGAUGGUGAAGAACAGUUCCCAGAAGAAGUGGUAAAGAUCGUAGUCACCAGACGUGCAGCAGUGUCUCUUCCAGCCUUCACUAAAAUUGUGAUUGAAGGAACAGCUGUCCUGGAAGACCUUGAUGUGCCCAGAGCAUGUGCCUUAAUGGUGGGACUUAUAUAUGCUCUCAAUCUGAGCUACCCAAAACAAGUAAAGAACACUCUAGAGGUAUUCCAGAAGGUGUUUCUGAAACUUGAUGCCCUUAAAGCCAGCCCACGGGUAAUGUCUCUUAAAUACAAACCUCUGUCAUAA